GGAGGGAGGGCGGGCGCGGGGGGCGCGGGCAGGGCGGGGGGUGUGUGCGCGCUCGGAGGUUUCGGGCCAGCCACCGCCGCGCGAGCUAGAAGCGCCCCAGCCCGGCAAGCUGGCUCACCCGCUGGCCACCCAGCACAGCCCGCUGGCCCCUCUCCUGCAGCCCAUCUGGCGGAGCGGCGGCGGCGGCGGCGGCAGGAGAAUGGCAUCAGAACUGGCAAUGAGCAACUCCGACCUGCCCACCAGUCCCCUGGCCAUGGAAUAUGUUAAUGACUUCGAUCUGAUGAAGUUUGAAGUGAAAGACCGCUUCUCCGACGAGCAGCUGGUGACCAUGUCGGUGCGCGAGCUGAACCGGCAGCUGCGCGGGGUCAGCAAGGAGGAGGUGAUCCGGCUGAAGCAGAAGAGGCGGACCCUGAAAAACCGUGGCUAUGCCCAGUCCUGCCGCUUCAAGAGGGUGCAGCAGAGACACGUCCUGGAGUCCGAGAAGAACCAGCUGCUGCAGCAGGUCGACCACCUCAAGCAGGAGAUCUCCAGGCUGGUGCGCGAGAGGGACGCGUACAAGGAGAAAUACGAGAAGUUGGUGAGCAGCGGCUUCCGAGAAAACGGCUCCAGCAGCGACAACCCGUCCUCUCCCGAGUUUUUCAUGUGAGUCUGACACGCGAUCCCAGCUAGCCACCUUGAUAAGUGCUCCGUGGGGGUCCGACUCGGGUGUGGGCUUGCUAGUUCCAGAGCCGUGCUCGCCGCCACCUCGCCCCCUCCCCUGCGGGGAUUGCCCGAUGCCCCUGCACACACACACAUACACACACACACAAACACGCGCGCGCGCGCGCAUACACACACAACACGCACACACAACACACACCCUGCUCCCAGUUGGCGGUGGUGGUGGCUGUUUUUAAAUGGGGAGGGAGUGGAUGUCUGGCUCAUGGAUUGCCAAUCUGAAAUUCUCCAUAACUUGCUAGCUUGUUUUUAUUUACGCCCCCCCCACACACACACACAAUGUUCAAAGAUCUCAGCAGAGUUCUUCAUGCUCACUUUUGAAGCCCACAUCAUUCACAGUGUUUUUUUUUUUUUUUUUCUUCAGUUCAUGAGCUGGUGUUCAUUUUCUGUGUGUGUGUGUUUUAUUUUGUUUGGAUUUUUUUUUUAAUUUUACUUUUUGGAGCUUGCUGUGUUGCCCUAUUUCCCAACCUCCACCCUCAUGCCCUCUUCACCCAUCUCCUCAGAGAUAAAAGAAAAAAAAAAAAGCUAAGUUUUUUUUCCUCCUCCUGAGUUCUUCAUGUGAGAUUGAGCUUGCAAAGGAAAAAAAAUGUGAAAUGUUAUAGACUUGCAGCGCGCUGAGUACCAUCGGGUUUUUUAGCAUUGUUAUGCUAAACUAGAGAAAAAAAAUCCUCAUGAACCUGCCACAAUCAAGCCUGCAUCAACCUUCUGGGUGUGACUUGUGAGUUUUGGCCUUAUCAUGCCAAAUCUGAGAGUUUAGUCUGCCAUUAAAAAACUCAUUCUCAUCUCAUGCAUUAUUAUGCUUGCUACUUUGUCUUAGCAACAAUGAACUAUAACUGUUUCAAAGACUUUAUGGAAAAGAGACAUUAUAUUAAUAAAAAAGCCUGCAUGCUGGACAUGUAUGGUAUAAUUAUUUUUUUUCUUUUUUUUUCCUUUUGGCUUGGAAAUGGACGUUCGACGACUUAUGGCAUGGCAUUCAUACUUUUGUUUUAAUUGCCUCAUGACUUUUUUGAGUUCAGAACAAAAAAGUGCCACCCUAGAGCCUUCUUCCCAUGAAAGUUUGCAUCUGCUCCAAAACUGCUUUGAGUUACUGAGAACUUCAGCCUCCCAUUGUAAAUGCACUGAAGGCAUUCCUUGUCAAAGAUGCCAGAAUGGGUUAAAAAUUUAACAUGGCAAACAUUAAAAGAACUCUUAAUGUUUUCUUUUUAAUAAGAAUGACCCCCCACUUUGGGGACUAAAAUUGUGCUGUUGCGGAAAGCAGUCUAAAAUUUAUUUUUUAAGAAAAAAAGAAAUCUGCCCCGUUAUUUUUGGUUUGUUUUAUUUUUAUUAUUAUUUUUUUUUUUGGCUUUUGGUCAUUGUCAAAUGUGGAAUGCUAUGGGUUUCUAGUAUAUAAUUUAAUUCUAGUUUUUAUAAUCUGUUAGCCCAGUUAAAAUGUAUGCUACAGAUAAAGGAAUGUUAUAGAUAAAUUUGAAAGAGUUAGGUCUGUUUAGCUGUAGAUUUUUUAAAAGAUUGAUGCACUAAAUUGUUUACUGUUGUGAUGUUAAGGGGGGUAGAGUUUGCAAGGGGACUGUUUAAAAAAAAGUAGCUUAUACAGCAUGUGCUUGCAACUUAAAUAUAAGUUGGGUAUGUGUAGUCUUUGCUAUACCACUGACUGUAUUGAAAACCAAAGUAUUAAAGGGGAAACACCCCUGUUUAUAUCUGUAGGGGUAUUUUACAUUCAAAAUGUAUGUUUUUUUUUUCAAAUUUAAAGUAUUUGGGACUGAAUUGCACUAAGAUAUAACCUGCAAGCAUAUAAUACAAAAAAAAUUGCAAAACUGUUUAGAACGCUAAUAAAAUUUAUGCAGUUAUAAAAAUGGCAUUACUGCACAGUUUUAAGAUGAUGCAGAUUUUUUUACAGUUGUAUUGUGGUGCAGAACUGGAUUUUCUGUAACUUAAAAAAAAUCCACAGUUUUAAAGGCAAUAAUCAGUAAAUGUUAUUUUCAGGGACUGACAUCCUGUCUUUAAAAAAAAAAAAAAAUGAAAAGUAAAUCUUACCACAAUAAAUAUAAAAAAAUCUUGUCAGUUACUUUUCUUUUACAUAUUUUGCUGUGCAAAAUUGUUUUAUAUCUUGAGUUACUAACUAACCACGCGUGAUGUUCCUAUGUGCUUUUCUUUCAUUUUCAAUUCUGGUUAUAUCAAGAGAAAGAAUAAUCUACAAUAAUAAACUGCAUUUUUUUUUUUUGA